UAUAAGUUGCCAACAAUAUUACACGAAACUUAAUUUAGAAAUACUGUAGCAACUUCCAAGGCGUACGAAUUUCGAGCUACUUUUUAAAAUUCAAAAUUCUUGUUUGAAAUAUGGCACUUUGGGGAGGCCGCUUUGAAUUUAAGCAAUCGUCAGUGACACGCGAGGAUUUCGGAGAGCCGGGUGAAGGGCUUCGGGACGCAAUUCCCUUGUACCCGCCGGGCGUGUUCGUCGGCAAGUUCGGCGAGCGGCACGACGAAUCGACCACGGUGGCCGACUUCCAGCCUAAGGAGCGCGUGUCGAACGAGUUAAUCGCAAGGAGUGACCACUUGAAACAGCCUCGGCAGCUCAAGAAGGAGUGGUGGGAGGACGAGCAAUUUCCAAUCGACGACCUGCAGCCGUUGUACCGUGCCUCCAGCCAGCGCUACGACGAAACCGCGCGCCGAGGCGACAAACACUCAGGCGAAUACGUUGGCGUCGAAUCUAGUGGGCAAUGGCCCGUGCCCGAUCCCCCUGUGUGGCGCAACCCUGGCCCCCGGCGGCCUUACUUCCACUUCAACACGCUGCGCACCGACGGCCAGUUCGAGCGGCUCACCACCACCUACGCUGAGCACAUGGGCUCCGUGCGGCCCACCACACCCCAGGGGGUCAAGGUGCCUCCGCCCGGCCUGCUGCCGUGGGGCGUGCCGCAAAGGGAGACUGAAUAUCUCAAGGAAUACUCGGGCGAGAUGCUGAGGCACCCGCAGUACCAAUCACCAACUCCCAGAUGUAGGCACGCGAUGCAGUCGGAGACGCCACCGCGCUGGGAAACCACCUACGAGGCGGCCUGCAACCAAGUGGAGAACGCACCCUCUUGGCUCAAGGACUUCCUCGCCAAACCCUACCCCAAGCGGACCUUGAGCGGCAGAUAAAGUGGGUCGGCUGCCAAAAACACGCGCCUUUCAUUUGUCCCGAUAGCAGCAGCAGCAGCACCGGCAACCGACCAAACCUUUGCUUAAUUUUCAGGCCAACUGGCAGACGGCGUCUCGCCGCAGGAAAUUAAAACUUGCUCUCGCUUGCCGGAGA